GGAGUCAGCGGCGCCUGGCCAGUCGGUCGGUCGGCGGAGGGCAUGUGUAAACAGUGUGUGCCCAUGCUGGGACGGCAGUGAGAGCUGCUCGGCAGCGAGGGUCUGCAGGGAGAUACGCCGGGCUAAUUUCCCAGCCAGACUCGCUGAGGAUUGUGAGAGACAGUGGUGUGAUGUGGCCUGUGCCGCUAGUUAUAUAACCGGUCCGGGUCGGUAGUGACGUUGGAGUCAGCGGCGUACCGAGUCCGAGUGUGAGCCAUCCUGUGCGGUUCGCGUGUCGCCGUGGCAGUGAUGGCCGCUUUACUCUGGCUGGGUCUGGCGCUGUCCGCCCUGUUGGCCUGGGUGUGGGUGCACCGUCCUAAGCGGCCGGCCAACUUCCCGCCGGGACCGCCGUGCGUGCUCGUGUUCGGCUCGCUGUCCGCCACGCUGGAGCUGUUCACCAUGGGCGUCCGGCAGGCGCUGCGCAAACGGCGCCGUCUCUACGGCGACAUCAACGGCGCGGUCUCGCCCACCGGUCUGGGCAUAGUGAACCUGUGCAGCCACGAGCUGAUCCGGGAGGCCAGCGCCAUGCCCGAGCUGAGCGGCCGGCCCGAGAUCCUGCCGCUCCUCGUCCGCAGCUACAUGAAGAAGAUGGGCAUCAUCUUCAACGACGGCGCCGUAUGGCGCGAGCAGCGCCGGUUCGCGCUGCGCCACCUGCGCGACCUGGGACUCGGCCGCAAGGACAUGGAGGAGGGCAUCCUCGGCGAGUUCGAGCACCUCCGGCGAGACAUGGAGCUCCUGGAGGGACGCCCGCUGCAGGUGCUCGGGUACUUCAACCUGACCGCGCUGAACAUCCUGUGGCGCGUGGUGGCCAGCACCCGCAUCGACCCGUCCGACCCGGAGGCGCGCCUCUACGUCCAGCUCGUCAAGGAGUUCUUCGAGAUGAUCAGGCCGACGAGCCCGCUGGGCAUUGCGCCGUGGCUGCGGCACAUUGUGCCCGAGUGGAGCGGCUUCUCGGCGCUGGAGCGCCAGCGAGAGGUCAUCAACGCCACAUUCCUGCGGCUGCUGGCCGAGCACCGCGCCACGCUGGACCGCGACCACCCGCGCGACCUCAUGGACCACUUCCUCAUAGAGAUGGAGACGACGGACGCGGCCGAGCGCGGCUUCACCGAGCUCAACCUAGCUGUCACUGGCAUGGACCUGUUCAUCGCCGGCAUGGAGACGACGUCCACGCAGCUGAGCUGGGCGCUGCUCUACAUGGCCAGCCACCCGGCCGCCCAGCGGCGCGUGCAGGCCGAGGUGGACCGCGAGCUGGGUGGCCGGCGGCCCAGCGGCGCCGACCGGGCGCGCCUGCCACUCACCGACGCCACGCUGAUGGAGGUGAUGCGGCGCGCCACCGUGCUGCCGCGCGCCGUGCCGCACGCGGCCGCGCGCGACUGCCACCUGGCCGGCUACUCGCUGCCGCGCGGCACUGUCGUGCUCAUGGACCUGGACGCGGUGCACAUGGACGCGAAUCACUGGGGAGACCCGGAUAAGUUCCGGCCCGAGCGCUUCCUUCGCGAGGACGGCUCCGUGCGCCGCGACGAGCACCUGAUGCCGUUCGGAGUGGGCCGCCGCUUCUGCCUGGGCGAGCCGCUGGCCAGGGCCGAGCUGCUGCUGCUCUUUGUCUCGCUGUUGCAGCACUUCACGUUCGAGCCCGUCGAAGGGGAGACGCUCGACCUGGACGGCAAUUACGGUGCGCUGCUGCCACCGCACCCGUUCCGACUCAUCUGUCGGCCACGGGCUGCACAGCCGCAGCAGUAGUCUCCAGAUGUGCGCCAUCAAGCACCGGCGACUGGAGCAGCAGCAUUCAAGGUAUUGAUAUCCGCUGCCUCGAACGCUAACUAUGUACUACAAGGAGCCGUAACUAUGUUUCAUGGGACCAUUUCCCUUGUGUAUCCGGGCUCCGGGGAUAAGUAGCGAGCUGACGAGGAGGCUGGUAACAUUGUCCACAAUUUUACAUGUUUGGGGCGGCACUAUAUACCGAGUAUCGACGUUUAUUAUUUUAGUCGAGUGAAUGAUUACAACCCGUCCCCUUACGGUACCUAUAGUUGAUUGCAAAGCAAGCAACUAUAUCGUUGCUUGCUAGGCAUUAGGCAUCAUUAGGCAGAGCGAAAUGAACCGAGGGCAUUAGCACUGUAAUGCAAGGACCAGAAGAUUUCAACAAAAUACAAAUUUUGUCGCAGUA